AUGGGAAGGCGUGGCCUUGCCUGCCUGGCCGGUCAGUGGGGCCGGGGCGGUGCCCGGAUUGCAGUUCGUUGCGCCUCCGCUGUUGGUUUUACCAGCUGCCCCAAAGAUGAGGCGCGCGCGCCGUCGGCCCUCGAGGCCCGUGCGCUAGCUUGCCCGGAUUCAGUGCGUUGGGGCGGGGGCC